GAACCAGCUCAAUCUCACUUACUUCAAGCAGAAGAAAUUGAAGAAGAGGAACAAUAUGAAGAAGAAUUCAUCGAAAAUGAAUUUCAACCUUCUCAAAUCUUUUUACCACGAGAAUCUUCUGAUGAUCCAAACAAUUCUGAAUUUAUUCCAGAAGAAGAAACGUUUGAAACAAGUGAAGAAGUUCCAGAGCACCUCACUCAAGAAGAAGCUGCAGACCUAGAUGCAGUUUAUGAUCGAAUUCUUGAAAUUCUUUCCACUGAACCGAAAGCCCAAAAGUACUUCGAUAGGCAAUGGAGGCAUCAUUUAGAUCGUUGGAAUAAGCGCUAUCGCAACGGAGGUGACGCGACUAAUAACGUCAGUGAGUCACAUUUCAAAGUUCUCAAGCAUUCUUAUUUCCCAGAGAGAAGGAAUAUUCGAUUAGACGAUUUUGUUGUUGAAUUAUACACAACGGUUGUUCCAGCAUUAUUGAUUAAAUUUAAAGUUCAAUUAAUCAAUAGUGAUAAAGUUGUUCGUAUAUUACGAAAAGCUAAUGACCAUGAACAAAUAUUGGAAAACAAAAAAGUCGAAUGUUUGAAAAUGCUUGAAGCAAUAUAUUCAAGUUUGCAACAAGGAUCAAUAGAUUCAAAUCUUGUUUAUUGUACUUUAAAGGUACUUUUAAAAAAGAAACAAUUAAUGUAA